CCCUGCCUGCAAAACCAGGCUGCGGCAGCCAGGCCAGGCGGCGGGCGGGCAGACGAGUGGAGCACACCUGCGCCCUGAGCCACUCUGCGCCCGCGAGCACCAUGAGCGGCCGAGUCGGGGACCUGAGCCCUCAGCAGGAGAAGGCGCUGGCCAGGUUCCGGGAGGACCUUCAGGACCUGCUGCCGUCCCUGCCCAAUGCUGAUGACCACUUCCUCCUGCGCUGGCUUCGAGCUCGAAACUUUGACCUGCAGAAAUCUGAGGACAUGCUCCGGAAGCAUGUGGAAUUCCGGAAGCAGCAAGACCUGGACAACAUCCUCACGUGGCAGCCCCCAGAGGUGAUCCGGCUGUUCGACUCGGGUGGUCUGUGUGGCUACGACUACGAAGGCUGUCCUGUGUGGUUCGACAUCAUCGGGACCCUGGACCCCAAGGGUCUCCUCCUGUCGGCCUCCAAGCAGGAAGUGAUCCGGAAGCGCAUCAAGGUCUGUGAGCUGCUCUUGCAUGAGUGUGAACUGCAGAGUGAAAAGCUGGGCAGGAAGAUCGACCUGGUUUUGAUGGUGUUUGACUUGGAGGGGCUGAGCCUGAAACACCUGUGGAAGCCGGCAGUGGAGGUCUACCAGCAGUUUUUUGCCAUGCUGGAAGCAAAUUAUCCAGAGAUGCUGAAGAAUUUAAUUGUUGUUCGAGCACCCAGACUGUUCCCUGUGGCCUUCAACUUGGUCAAGUCGUUCAUGAGUGAGGACACACGUAGGAAGAUAGUGAUUCUGGGAGACAACUGGAAGCAGGAGCUGCCCAAGUUCAUCUGCCCCGACCAGCUGCCGGUGGAAUUUGGAGGGACCAUGACAGACCCCGAUGGCAACCCCAAGUGCCUGACCAAGAUUAACUAUGGGGGCGAGGUGCCCAAGAGGUACUACAUGCACAACCAGGUGAGGACACAGUACGAGCACUCCGUGUCCGUGGGCCGUGGCUCCUCCCUGCAGGUGGAGAACGAGAUCCUGUUCCCAGGCUGUGUGCUCAGGUGGCAGUUUGCAUCAGAUGGCGGGGACAUCGGCUUUGGGGUUUUCCUGAAGACCAAGAUGAGGGAGCGCCAGAGGGCUGGGGACAUGAUGGAGGUGCUGCCCAGCCAGCGCUACAACGCCCACAUGGUGCCUGAGGAUGGAAGCCUUACCUGCCUCAAGGCCGGGGUUUAUGUCCUGCGCUUUGACAACACCUACAGUCUGAUGCACUCCAAGAAGCUCAGCUACACUGUAGAGGUUCUGCUCCCAGACAAGGCUUCCGAGGAGAAGUUGCAGGGUCUCAAGGCCACGAGACCCUCCCCAACGCAAUAAAGACCCCAGCUGCCCUGCCUCUGC